CAAAUACAGAAUGUGCGUAGUCUCAUGAUUGUCAAAUAAAUCAGCUCCACCAUGGGGAUAGGAGCGAGUUUGGGGUAGAAAUGCAUGCCGUUUCUAGAAUGACGUCGACCGACGUGAUGGAGAGCUCCCCGCUUGAGUGAAUGGUGGUAAUGAAUGCUUGACGGGCUCGGAGAUACGAUGAGCAUUUAUUUUACACUCGCAUCGUUGGAUCCAUUCUUUCCUGGAUUCUAUAAAGUAUAAAGAUCACUCAAUUCCCUUCUCCAGUAGAUAAGACCUUUCUAAGGUCUUUUUUAUUUCCGCAACAUUCCAGUACUCCCUCGGCGGAAGAGCUUCACGACUUUCCCCGCAUACUUAGACAGAAGGAGUAUCAUACAUAUUAUUCCUGUUUGUUGUUCCAAACUCCCUGCGCGACUGAAGGCAACUUAGUCCCUUUUGAGGGCUCAUCAUUCUAUCGCCAUGGAGAGGAUUAUCCGUCCAGUUUCGCGGCAAUUGUUGAGAUCGCGAGCUCGGUAUCCCUUUGCCGUACCGACACUUCAUACCAGAAGAUUAUAUUCAAAAAGCCAUGUUGUACCACCGCUGAAAGAUCAGUCUCUCUUCAUUGAGAAGGCUUAUGUCAACGGAGAAUGGGUUGACGCACAAUCAGGAAAGACAUUCGAAGUCCACGAUCCCGCCUCUGGAAAACUUAUCGGCACAUGCCCCGAAUUCGACGCCCUCGACACAGAAAAGGCCAUCGAGGCCGCCUCAGCUGCCUUUCCCAUGUUCCGCACAACCCUAGCGCGCGAGCGUGCCCGCAUGUUGCGACGAUGGUACCAAUUGAUGAUGGAUAAUGCAGAGGAUCUAGCAACAUUGAUCACAUGGGAGAACGGGAAGCCCCUAGCUGACGCCAAGGGCGAGCGAGGAAGCCCCCGGAUUUAUGGUGACACGAUCCCCGCAUCAGUUCCCGGCAACCGAGUCAUGACAUUGAAGCAGCCCGUUGGUGUCUGCGGCUUGAUCACUCCGUGGAAUUUCCCCGCUGCUAUGAUCACAAGGAAGAUCGGACCUGCUCUGGCCGCGGGUUGCACGGUUGUGUGCAAGACUCCUGGCGAAACACCCUUCACUGCGAACGCACUUGCGGAGCUGGCUCAUCGCGCCGGUAUUCCCAAGGGCGUGGUCAACAUUGUGACUUCGCUCAAGAAUACGCCGGAGGUGGGAGAGGUAAUCACCACCCAUCCUGAAGUUCGCAAGGUCUCGUUCACCGGUUCGACCAAUGUCGGUAGACUGCUCAUGAAGCAGGCUUCAUCUACUAUCAAGAAGGUGUCCUGGGAGCUGGGCGGAAACGCACCAUUCAUCGUGUUCGAUGAUGUCGACGACCUCGAUGCCGCAGUCGCCGGAGCCGUUGCCUCCAAGUUCCGUAGCUCCGGCCAGACCUGCGUCUGUGCUAACCGGAUCUACGUCCAGAGGGGCGUGUAUGAUGAAUUCGUCCAGCGCUUCGCCGCAAAGGUCAAGGACUUCAGGCUCGGCGCCGGCUUCGAGGAUGGCGUCACUCACGGCCCGCUUAUCCACGAGCGUGCCACCGAAAAAGUCGACCAGCACGUCAAGGACGCUCAAGCCAAGGGAGCCAAGCUUGUCGCGGGAGGCCAAAGAGUCCCCGAUCUGGGCCCCACCUUCUACGAGCUGACUGUCCUCGCGGAGAUGAGCAAGGAUAUGUUGAUGGCCUCGGAGGAGACGUUCGGCCCCGUGGCUGGAAUUUUCCCCUUUGAGACCGAGAAAGAGGUCGUCGAGCUGGCCAAUCGUGCAGAGGUCGGACUUGCGGGUUACUUCUUCAGUGGUAACAUCAAGCGUAUUUUCCGGGUUGCGGAGGCGCUGGAGGUCGGUAUGGUUGGGGUCAACACAGGUCUUAUUAGCGAUGUCGCCUCUCCGUAAGUGUCCCUGUCAGCCAGAAUGCUACUGCGUUGUGCUAACUUUCUCUAGGUUCGGUGGUGUUAAGCAGAGUGGCUUCGGCCGUGAGGGCAGCAAGUACGGAAUCGACGAGUUCCUUACGAUCAAGAGCGUGACCUUUGGUGGUAUGGGUGAGCCAUUGCAGUCAUAAGCAG